AUGGCUGGGUUAUAUUUUUAUUACUAUUUUACUGGCUUUGUGGCAAUAAAGAUAACACUGUACAACAAGGUCCCCACCCGCCUCCCUCCCUGCAGUGCCAGCAGGCGCCGCGCGGGGGCGAAGGAGAGGCGCGCCUCUCGCCCUCCCUUCCCGCCGCCCUCCUCUCUCUGGCCGGGCCGGGGAGGGGCGGGGCGCCUAUUUCCGGGCCAGCCUCGGCCCCUCCCCCGAGGGGGCGGGCCCCGCCGCCGUCACAAACGCGCUGCUCGCCCGCCGAUAGGCCGCCCGCCGCGCCUCGGAAGCGGCCCUUUGUGCGCGUGACCAGCGCGAGGGGGCGGAGCUCCGUCCGGCGGGGGCGCUUGACCGGAAGUGCCUCGAGACCGCGAGGAGACCCGGAGGAAGCGGCAGGAGCGGCGGCCGGCUGAGGUAACGGCUCCGCGGCGGCCCUUGGCCGGGCUUCCCCUGGGCAUGCGCAGAGGGCCGCCUCCCAGCCCCUUCCCCGGGAGCGCCAGGCCGGCCAGCGGCCGCCGUGCCCGCCUCGCAGGGGCGUUGUUGGGGAGGGGGGUCCUAGUGAGGACUAGGAACUUGGGGGGAUCAGGGCUCGUUUAAUCUCUCUUGCAACCCCCCCCCCAUCUUGGAAGCGCCUCCCUCAGGCCUGGCCUGCCUCGCAGGGGCGUUGUUGGGGAGGGGGGUCCUAGUGAGGAUCAGGGCUCGUUUAAUCUCUCUUGCAACCCCCCCCCCCCUUGGAAGCGCCUCCCUCAGGCCUGGCCUGCCUCGCAGGGGCGUUGUUGGGGAUUCAGAGAGCAGGAGGCGGAGGAGGGAGAAGAACCACUCACCCCCCCCUUGAGGUGCCUGCAGGGGGGGUGCAAUGACAGCACAUAACUAAGAUUCCCCCCCCCCCCACAACAACCCUGUGAGAGAAGUCGCCAUGAGAGAGAUGGCGAGUGGCUCAAGGUCAUGCCCAGCGAGGCCCGAGAGGGCUGAGUUGAGGGGGGAAUUCGAGCCCUGCUCUGAUCCCCACAAUCGCCCUGCGAGGGAGGCUCAGGGAGGCGGUGCUUGGCUCCCAAUGUCACCCCCAAUGAGCUUUGUGGCCAAGGAGGGGUCAGAAACCUCCUUCUAGUCUGACACGCGCUUAAUUCCAGUCGCUUAGCUGCAUGGAGGGGGUUUUUCCUUCUGCCCACCCCCAAUUUCUAUUAUUCAGCCUCACUGGAUUAGGAGAGAAGGAAGGACUUUCUUCACAAAUGUGAAUAAUUUUUUACCCCUGCAUCACUUUACUCACUACCCCCACCCAACUAGGAAGCCCCACGUGUUAUUUAUUGGUUAAAAAGCAGGAGGCUGAGAGUAGGAAGAAGCGGACAGACUCCAUCGUGGAGGGAUGCAAGAAGUAUAUCUGGACUUCGUUCUUCCCUCCCUCCCUUGCAAAGAGGGUCCAUUUAAAUUACCUGAUUUAUGAACAAGUUUCCUGGUGACCCCACUUCUUGCACCCCUCCAUUCUGGGGGGGCGUGUCUUAUCUAUUCCUACGCUCAGCUUCCUGUUCUUUAACUAUGGUUCUGGGAUUUACCCAGAGGCAAGUUGCCUCUGGAUGUGGAGCCUGUAGUUUAGCUACCACAGCUAAUACCAUGGAAGAGCCCCAGUGGGUCAGACCAGGCGGCCCCACUGUUCUGGCAUCCUGUUUCCAACAGCAGCCAGCAGGAUGCUGCCCGGAAGCAUCCAUGUGGCACAUGAAGAUUGCAGCCCUCCGUCAUUUUACCACCACCUCUCCCGGCCCAAACAGUUGAUAGUCUGCAGCUUGCUGCUUCUGGACUUGGAGGUUCCACUACCUGCCAUGGCUUCUUCCAUGUGGUGAAGUGGAGGAUGUUUAGUUGUCCUGCCUGAGCAUCUGAAGGUCGUGCUGUUGCUGCUCCCUCUGGAAUGGGGCCUGGCGCUAUCCUGAGCAUCCCACUCCUGUAUCGGAGGAAGUGGCACAGAGUGCUAGCCCCUUGGGUCCAAGACUCAAUCAGCUUGGAAACUGAGUGUCAAAAGUGCUGGAAAUAUAGUUAAGCUGCUAACUGUGGCAACUUAUUAACAUUUCAUUGUCCUGUAUACUUCAGUUGUGUUUUUUUGAGUAGGCAACUUGUGAUUUUCCUUUGGAACUCUACUGGUCCAGCUGAAAAUAUUAGAAGCAAUGUUAGAGGGAAUUCGUUUUGGGGGGGAGUGAGGCACUCAUAUAAGUUCCUAACGGAUCCUUUCUCAAGUUCCUUUGGAACUGUUGGCCUCUGAGAAAGAAAGAAGAAAUUCCCAGUCUCUGGAAGUGAGCUGUGCCUGAGCAGCUUGUAAGUGGAUCAUUCUGCCAGCCCUCUGGUGGUAUGAUGCACAGGUUUUCCUGAAAUGAAGGCAAAGGCAGUGGGAGGUUUCCAGGUAUCAACAGCCUCCUGACGUCAAGUCCUUGCCUAGUUGGCAUGGUGGCGACUGGAAUCCUGUGGCAGGAGGUGCCUGGGGUGCGGCCUCCUCCUGGGACAUUUUAGAGAAGGAAGUUUUGUCUCUCGAACUGUAAUUUGGCUGAUGGAUUGCCUUGAAGUGUGCACAUCUGCAGCAGCACUCAGCUGGUUCCUGAGCUCUGGGAUGGGAAUAACUUUUGCCCCUAUCCAUCACUUGCUUAUAAUAAGGUGCCUUUGUGACUGGUAUGUGGUGUCCUUUUGGGCAGUGGCCACUCAGAAAGGAACUGAAGAGCUAACUAGCAGUGAUUUGCAAAACGUCUCCAUGUUCCCUGUGGUCUAGGAAAGGAACUGGCAGCAGGGUGCAUGAUUUGGAGCAGGUUUCUGAGCAACCAGUGUCCUCUGAUGGCAUUUCGAUGGAGGGCAUGUCUGUGGCUGGUACUUGAUGCAUCACCAGGCUUGUGUAGCCAAAUUGAAACAGGGUUAUAAUGUAUUGCAAAAUCUCUAGGCCCGGACCUGAUUAGGUGUUGAGGGCUGACUCUUUUAAAUCCUGCUUGAGUUGCUCAUUUGCACUUUUCCACCAAGGCACCAAAUCAGAAAUUCAUUAGUUAAGCCCAGGAUUUCCCUGAGGGGGCUGGGUGAGGUGGUGCGAGGUAGGGGCUGCUGCAGCUCAACAGGUGUAAUGGUGCUGAUGGGUAGCUUGUGGUAUCCUUUUUAAAGCACUGGCACCGUACCUGCUGUUACUUUGUCCCCACUAACUUGAGGAGAUGCAGUUCCCAUAUCCCAUCUCUCUCUUUCUGCAUGUCUCCCUGUGUCUUGCUGUAUUUGUCUGUCUGUCUCUCUAUCUCUCUUUCCCAUAUCUGCCUGCAAGCCCUGCGGUGUUUCUGACUAUCUUGUUGUUCUUGGCCAUAGGUAUCAUCUGUCUCGUCCCCUGCGUGUCCUUGAUGGCAUGGCUGGCAGAGCUGGCUCGCAUUCAGCUUUGGCUGCUCCCUCCCUUUGUUCCUCUGGAGCAGUUUCAAUGGCUCACCAAGUAGAGGUGGUUGCUGCUGCUGCAGCCCAAAUCCUAGAAAUGAAAGGCAGGCAUUGAAGGACUUCUUUGCUACUCUUUCUGCUGCCAGGGCAGCUGCAGCCCAAACAAUGGUUUGCUCAGCAGUUGCACAUCAAACUGGGCUCUUUGCUCUCCUCAGUUCUCAGGCUGACCAUGGAGCUUAGUCGGAGGCUGUUCUUACUGAAGAGUGGGCAUUUUAUUGGACCGCACAGUGAAAGUUGCUGGUGACAAGGACUUACAUUUGGGGUGGUAGGCUUAAAAUCCUGCACUUCUAAGUUGGCUUGGUCACAAAUGGAUCAGGUUAAUGCUUCGCACCACCACGUUGUUAGCCUUUGAUUUGCAAAGCUUGGUUUUCAGCUCCAGCUGCAUGAAUCUUAUUUGACUGUUAAGGAUGCUGCAGACUUGAGGCUGUGUAACUGACUCUUGCUCUUUCUGAACAGGUAA